UAAAAUCCGAAACUAAAUAAACAUUGUACUUACGCAAGGAAGCAACAACGUGCAUGCGGCAGCAACAACAAACGCCAAUAUCCACAGCAGUAGCGGCAGAGUUACAACGGCAUCAAUGGCGGCGCGUGAAAACUAACAACAUACUCGUAUAAAACGCAGGGAUCGCAAUGCACUCGACUCAGUUUGGAGUUGGCCAGAAAUCAAGUCGGUUCUCUGCUGGCCAGCAAAAUCGCCAGCGACAGUGACAGUGACAAAGCCAAAGCAUUCAGCUUAAUUAAAUACUAAGCGCGCUUAUUAAAAUACAACAGAGUGUUUACAUAUACAUAUAAGUAUAUAUAUAUAGCAUACGUAUGAGUAUAUAUAAAAUAAAUAUGUGUAUCCCUUAAAUAAAUAUAUAUAAAUGUGCAGUAAAUAUGCUUGUGCCGUUGUUUACCAAAGGUGUGUGCAACGUUUUGCUUUGAAAUGUGUUCGACGUGCAAAAUUUUUAGAAAAUUUCCGAAAAUAUAUUGUUUAUGAUAAUGUGGUCGAGCAAAUAAUACAAUAACACCACCAAUGUAAUGAUUACAUGUGGCGGUCUGAGGUCAGUGUCAGUGCUGAAGCAUCAACGCAACGAGCGUAGGGUCAGAGGCUGCGCGUAAUGUUGUGACUGUGCGCUUUGUUUUCUUAACUGUGCUUUAGCGCCUAUGCUUAUGCUAAGGCAGCUUGUUUAUUACCGUCAGUGUGUUGGUGCGCGUGACGUGUUGCCGUUAUGCAUAAUUUAUAUUCAUUCACAUGUAACAAUGUAAGCGUUGGAUGUUUACAGCCUUGCCUCGUGAAUUUCGUGCUGCUCACGCCCGCGUCUAACAUGCCAUUGAAUUUUUAUGUGAACCUGGAAAAUUUGAAAUGUGAAUUUUAUGCUCUCCAGCGGGAAUCGUUAAAUGAUGAGAGUUGUGUGCACUCAUGAAUAAAUAUAAAUUUUUUGCAGUAAAACUUACCAAUAUAAAUUUAGUCCGUCUAGUGUAGCCUAGCAGAGGAGUUAUGGUUAAUGGCGCAGAAUACUAGGCGUCAAAUAUUUACUAUUGUUAAUAAAACGGUAUAAUACAAUAUAAAUAAUAAUAUAAAAAUUGCUUUCAGUAGUUUUAGUAAAAGUUUGUGUGGCUUACUAGUAACAUAAAUUACCGUUUGCAAUCACUUAAUUCCUGAAUCAAAUAGUACUUACGUAUAAUCACAUAGUAUUAGUGGUAAAUUUAAAGCAACCAAUCAAAAGCGCGCACAAUAUAUUUAUCGAUUAACAAAUUGAAGCACUUUAAUGCAUUGCAGAUUUGUAUACUUAUGCGGGCAGUUGUAGCACUACCGCGGAAAUUAUAUCAAACGAAAUGUGGAUCGUGACACUAGUUACGGCAACAUCAUUCCUCUUAAUCAAAAUAUAUUAUAGAUAAAACAUAACGGCAAACAUUACGAAAAGCAAUAAACUACAAGGGAUAAUUUAAUGCAUGGAAAACUUGUGUGAUGAAUUGACAAACAAAAACACCAAAACAACAAAAAUAUGAAUUACAAAAUAUUUUAAAUAUUUACCUGCGAUACAUACUUGCUAAGUUCAAAUGUAUAAAUAACUAGAAUAUAAACUCUAAGGUAUAAAGAAACUAUAUUUCACCGAAGCAAAUAGCUUAAGGCAAGCCAAAAUGUCACUAACGGUAAAAAUUGUGCAAUUCCAAUUGCCAAAGACCAAAUCAAAUUUAAUCGCACGCGUCGAAUUUCGAGGUGUUGCUCAUAUUACAUCGGAGCUGAGUGCAGACUCAAACGUUAUAGAUGUCAAUCAGUCGUUUAUUUGGCCGCUGGCUCGACCGGCCACAGAUGAAGAGCCACUCAUCGUCGAGUUGCGCACACAGACCACAAAGACACUGCUACGCACCGGGCUCAGUCAUGCCUCUGGCGGUUUGAUGGGUGGCGGUGGGAAUAGUAGCAGCGGCGGCAGCAUGAGUGGCAUCAUCAGCAGUAGCAGCAAAUGUGUUGGCCAAUACAUCGUGUUGAUGCAAGGUUUGAUCAGCGCUGGCUACAUACGAGUUGAAGACCAACUGGUGGAUAUAUCAUCCAACAAGCCAAUCCAGGCACUUGUUGUGUUCGAAGCGAGAUACACAUCGCCCGACGAUGCUGCUGGCAAUUUUGAGCCGACCAAUCUGGUGCGACCCAUACAGGAGCAGCACAACAUUAGCUGCAGCAGCCAAAGCUUGGACGAUGAUCAACAGAUGCUUCUCGACAUCGAGCAGAACAUAGCUAAUCUGGAGCGUAGUCUGAAUCGAGAACCGGGCGGUCAUGGCACAAGCGGCGCUGGAACCGCCUCCAGCGGCAGCGAAUCGCACGGCACACAAAAGAAGCGGCAUCUGCUGCGCCGCGUUAUGACCGCCGCCCAACACAGCACGACAAGCGUCACCACAAACCGCCAAAGAAUCGAACUGAAAUUUGAUAAAUUCGGCAAAUCACCUACAACGGGCCGCAGCGGCAGCAUCACCACACUACUCACUACCACACCCAACUCGAAUGCCCACACCAACACCGCCACAGACAGCAAAAGCGCUAGCGCACUGGCCGCCGCUAUGCGCGCCUCCGAAAGUCCACCGUGCAAGGAGAAGAAACUCAGUAUGCGCACCGUGCGGAACAUUAUGCGUCUGGGCCGCAGCAGACAGACGUCGCAGUCGCGUGACAGCAGCACCGAGGAUGAGGGCAGAUCGCCGUUAAUUUUUGAACCGGAUGCGGCGCCCACCGCAGUCACCUCGGCUACAGAAGCUGAAACCGAUGAUGCGUUGCACACACGCCGCCUCACCGUUAGAGACAGAUGUGGGGAGGGCGUAUCUGCCCACGCAACAGGCGCCGAUAGUGGGCAAUCGAAUCAAUCAAGUGACGUUGAGGAGCUACAACAACAACACUAUGAUAAAGGCAAAAUGAUCAAAGCAAUGACACACGCUACCGACCACCUCAAGUCCCAGGACUUUCAAGUUUGCAUUACAGUGAUUGAAGCGCGUCAGCUGCCUGGCCUCAACAUGGAUCCAGUUGUCUGCAUUCAAGUGGGUGAUCAAAAGAAGUACACCAGCGUCAAGGAGAGCACCAAUUGCCCCUACUAUAAUGAGUAUUUCGUGUUUGACUUUCACAUGCCUCCGGUGAUGCUCUUUGAUAAGAUUAUAACUUUGUCGGUCCUCCAAAGUCGUAAUGUUUUACUGCGUAAUAAAUUGAUUGGCAAUUUCAAAUUGGAUGUGGCCACUGUUUGGCAUCAUACAGAUCAUCAAUUCUACCACAAAUGGGCUUUACUUACCGAUCCAGAUGAUUUCUAUAGUGGUCCGAAAGGUUAUCUGAAAUGUGAUAUUGGUAUUAUUGGCAAAGGUGAUACCGUAAAGGUGCCUCAAAAAUCUGAAAAGGAUCCUGAUGACAUCGAAGCUAAUCUACUGCUCCCAGUUGGCGUACCUAUUGAGCGUCAACGUGCUAAGUUUAUUGUGAAAAUAUACCGUGCCGAUGGUCUACCGCGCAUGAAUUCUUCGCUUAUGGCCAAUGUAAAGAAAGCUUUUACGGGCGAGGCGAAAGAUUUGGUGAGCCCUUAUGUGCAGGUCUCCUUCGCUGGGCUAAUGGGCAAGACGACAGUUAAGAAGAAUGCUUACGCACCUGUUUGGAAUGAACAACUAGUAUUCACCGAAAUGUUUCCUCCACUAUGUCAGCGUAUUAAGAUUCAACUACGCGAUGCCGACCCAAUGAAACCGGCCAUUAUUGGUACACAUUACAUUGAUCUUAAGCAAAUUUCGAACGACGGUGAUAGAGGGUUUCUUCCCACCUUUGGACCUUCGUUCAUACAUCUAUAUGGUUCCACACGUGAUUACACGCUGCUCGAUCAACAUUCGAACUUAAACACUGGCUUGGGGGAGGGUGUCAGCUACCGCGCACGUCUGCUACUCGCCAUACGCACUGAAAUAACGGACAACGUGGAAAUGACAACGGAGAAGAAUGUCGAACUGGAACCAGCGUAUCCGAUCUCAGAGUCCUCCUACUCACGCAAUGAAGAAUUCUUUCUUUUUGGUUCUAUUAUAGAGGCUUCAAUGCUGGAUAAGAAAGUUAGCGACAAGACGGUUUUCUUCGAACUUAGUAUGGGCAAUGCAGGUAAUUCCUUAGACGGGCAUAAUGAAAGCUUCUCUACGGCCACUGAGGAUGGUGAGGACGGCUGUGUGCUGGAAACGGUCGAUACGACAUCUUUCAGCAGUGUCACAAACGCUUGCAAGCCUAUCAGUCAUGAUAAGUCACAUUAUUAUUUGCCUUAUUGGGACUAUAAGCCAUGCAUGGACGUGCGAUGCACACUUCCAGAUCUGAGACGGCGUAUGUAUAAUAGUAACAUGUUAUCGAAAAUGUCCGAGAAGUUGGAGGAGGGUUUGAUGAAGACGAAAAAGCUGAUAGAAGACGAAGACGUGAAGGCGGAAGUGCGUUUACGCACCACACUUGAAGAUCUCGCUUCAGCCUGUGCGCGAUAUCUAAGCAUAACCAAGGCGAAUGCUGUCGGACCGGGAAGUGGCAAAACGAAGCUAGACAAGGAACGCAUGAAACUGUGUCAGAAUGAAAUCGACAAUUUGGGCAACUUGGCACGCAAUCUUCGCGCACUGGUGACUCGAAGUUCGCUCAAAGAGCGUUUUAAAACCGCUCUGACGUUCCAACAAAAGCUUAAAUUUCUUAUCGACGAUCCGCAACACUCGUUACCGGAUGUUUUCAUUUGGCUCAUCGCCAAUGGCAAGCGAUAUGCUUACCAUCGCAUAUCAGCUCGCGAUUUAAUUUACUCUAAUAUCGAAGAGGAAAGCGGAGUGCAUUGUGCUAAAAUACAGUCCAUCUUCUUGAGAUUACCUGGCAAACAGUCCAUAGGUCCAGCCAGCUGGUUUAUACAGGCCAAACUUUCUAUUUACCUAUGGUUAGGCGUUGUAAGUCAUAAAGGACAUUUCUUUGAAGGUCUACCCAUCGGCUAUGAUCUGUCUCACGAGUUGCGUAAUGCGGAAAGACCUGGCGCUAUGGCACCGAACAAUAUACAUUAUCUUGAAAAAUCUACGUUUCAACUACGCGCCCAUAUUUACCAGGCGCGUUCUCUAAUAGGUUCAGAUGCGUCGGGACUCAGUGACCCUUAUGCCACUGUAUAUAUUACAGAGUUCGCUAAGACAACGCAAGUAAUCGAGGAAACAUUGAGUCCUACUUGGGAUGAAUUACUGGUUUUUGAUGAAAUUCUGGUUUUCGGCAGCAAAGAUGAAAUCAAGAAAGAUCCACCCACAAUUAUUAUUGAGAUUUACGAUCAAGAUAAAGUUGGCAAAUCUGAAUUUAUUGGACGCGCCAUUGCGAAACCGCGUGUAAAGCUACGGGAGAAUCCCUACACCACACCAACGCUAGAAUGGUUUGAUAUUAUCCGGGGUCAUGAGAAUGCUGGCGAAUUAUUAGCAGCUUUUGAAAUGCUCGAAAUCGGCUCCACUGAUAUGCCACGCCUAACAGAACCAAAGCAACUACCGAGUGGUCAACAAGUGGAGAAGUUGAAAGAGAAAAAUGCACCACCGCCACCAGGUACAAUUUUACCGGUGCCGAAAGAAGUGCGUCCGCAUUUGGCGAAAUUCAAACUGGAAGUGUUAUUCUGGGGCCUACGUGAUCUCAAGCGUGUACACUUGAUGUCAGUUGACAAACCCCGUAUUGAUGUGGAGUGUUCGGGCAAAAUUCUGAGUUCCAAUAUUAUACAGAACGCAAAGAAAAAUCCGAAUUUCCCAAGUAUGCUGAAAUCCAUUGAGUUAGAACUACCACUGGAAGAAACGUAUGCACCACCAAUAACUAUACGUUGCGUGGAUUGCCGCUCGUUCGGUAGAUAUACUUUGGUAGGGACACAUCAAAUUACAUCGAUGCACCGCUACAUUUAUAAGCCCCCGCCAAAGGAAGACAUCACUAAAUAUAAAACUAUGGGUGGACAGAUUAUACUUUCAGCACCGCUGAAUGAGGAGGGUUUGAGUAAUCUCGUGGACGGUUUCAAUAUGCAAGCGAUGAUUGCGGCCAAUGCGCAUCAGGCGAAUAUGAAAGACUUUUAUGGAAAUCGUCGUUCAUCCUGUGAUCAAUUUACCCUCUACGGUGCCGCCUGUGUUACAAAAUUGGCCAAGAAGCAAGCAUCGAAAAAAAGAUCAGCGCAAUUAAAUAAUGCAAACGAGAUAAUUAUCGAUCAGGAUCAUGAUGACCAGCUUAGCCGUGAUUGGUGGACUAAGUAUUUUUGGUCCUACGAACGGCUUAUCGAUUUGACAAAAACGGAAAAGUCACACGCCUCCGAAAAAUUUCUAGCCCCGCCGCCCAACGCCACCACUACGAAUGUACAGAAAUUUGGCAUCAAAGGAGCCAAGUUGGUACAGAAGCUGAGCCCAAAAGGAAUGACUGGUUUAUCGCGUGAUAAGCAUGACCCCAAUAGCGAAAAGGUAUCCCCAAACCAGCAGACUAAUAGGAACAAUAUGAAUACGACAGCUAUGUGUCAGAUCUACCCCAAUGAACUGGAGGCCCAACUAGAAUACAAUUACUUCCGCGAAUGGCUUCAUUCCUUUCCGCUAUACCGUGGAAAGAAGACGGGCGAUUCCACCGAGGACGACAAUCGCACUGUUGGAUUCUUCAAAGGGGCCAUAAAAGUGUACAAACUACCGCCACCAAAAGGCACUGAACUGCCUAUACCGAAUUUACCCACCAAUGAUCCACUUCAUGUACUUGUACGUAUUUAUAUAAUAAAAGGAACCGACUUACACCCAAUGGACUUAAAUGGAAAAGCAGAUCCUUACGUUGUAUUACAAUUGGGUAAUAAGAGAAUAUCGGACAAGGAGAACUACGUUAGCAAACAACUCAACCCGAUAUUUGGAAAGUGUUUUGAAGUAGAGGCAAUCUUUCCGCAAGAUUCAAUGCUUACUGUGCAAAUAUUGGACUGGGAUUUGGUGGGAUCUGAUGAUCUGAUUGGCGAAACGAGAAUCGAUUUAGAAAAUCGUUAUUAUAGUAAGCAUCGAGCAACUUGCGGGUUAGCGCUGAGAUAUGAGGUCUGUGGAUAUAACCAGUGGCGCGACCCCAUGAAACCCACUCAGAUACUCUCGAAGCUGUGCAAAGAAAACAAAUUAGACACCCCACAUUACUUUCAAGAUCGAGUAGCCAUCGGCAAAUACUGCAUGACGUUUUCUGAUGAGGAGGUGAUAGCAUGGAAUGGACCGACAACUUGUAGAAAUCGUGAUGAACAUCUGGCCCUUGCGGUGCUGCACAGAUGGAGCGAAAUACCCAAAGUGGGCUGCAAGAUUGUGCCCGAGCACAUAGAAUCACGACCUCUGUACAAUCCCGAAAAGCCCGGUAUUGAGCAGGGUAAGAUCGAAAUGUGGGUCGAUAUGUUUCCCAUGGAUAUGCCCUUACCAGGUCCUCCCGUGGAUAUAUCACCGCGUAAGCCGAAGGAGUACGAAUUGCGCGUCGUGAUAUGGAACACCGACGAUGUUGUGCUAGAAGAUGAUGCUUUCUUCACAGGAGAAAAAAUGUCAGAUAUUUAUGUAAAAGGUUGGCUUACGGGUCCGCAAGAUAUGCAGGCAACAGAUAUACAUUAUCGUUCACUUACUGGUGAGGGCAAUUUCAAUUGGCGUUUCAUAUUUCCAUUCGAGUAUCUGGCGGCAGAAGAACGCAUUGUGCUCUCUCGGCGCGAGUCACUAUUCAGUUGGGACGAAACGGAGGUCAAAAUACCAGCGCGUCUCGAGCUACAAGUAUGGGAUGCGGAUCACUUUUCAGCUGAUGAUUUUCUUGGUGCGAUUUCCUUUAAUCUGAAUCGUUUUCCACGUGGCGCAAAAACCUCCAAACUGUGUACACUGGGCAUGCUUAAAUCGGACACUGCAUUGCCCACCGUGAAUAUAUUCAAGCAAAAACGUGUGCGCGGCUGGUGGCCGUUCUAUGUGAAGAAGCAGAAUGAAGAAAUGGAGCUAACUGGCAAGGUGGAAGCUGAGUUCCAUUUGCUAACAAAGGAAGAGGCCGAACAGAAUCCGGCCGGUUAUGGACGCAGCGAGCCGGACCCACUAGAGAAACCAAACCGCCCAGAUGCUUCCUUCAUGUGGUUCCUAAAUCCGCUCAAAUCUAUACGCUACAUUGUCUGGCAUAAUUACAAAUGGGCUAUACUAAAGGCGCUGCUUAUAUUUGCCAUUUUUUUCUUCUUAAUACUAUUCGUUUACUCGGUGCCAGGUUAUUCGGUCAAACGAUUGCUGGGCGCCUAAAGAGGAGCAUAGUACCAGUGUUGAAGGCUUCAAAUCAAUCAAAAUUGUCAAAUCAAUCAAAAUUGAAUAGUAUUUCGAUUUUCCUCUUCUAAAGGUUAUUCGCUAGAUGCAGAUUAUGUUGAACUCAAAAGUUGGUUACACAGAAUAUCCGUUUAAUAGAAAAGUCACUGUUUACUUUUAUUUCGGGAAAGUUUGCCAAAGUAAUGGUACGAAAAUGUGGUCAUCUCUUUUGCUGUAAUUCUAGAAUUGAUACAUAUAGAAUUUAUUUUUUUAUUUAUGGAAUUUUCAAGAAGCAUUCAGAGUGUAGUAGGCUAUAAUUUUCAAGAUAUAUAUUUGUAAAAGUAAAACGUAGAAAAUAUAAGGUAAUUGAAAAUGAAAUACUUAAAUUCCGUAAAAAUCAAAACUUUCAAAGGAAGAUGUGUCUAAUAAGAAGUGCUCAUGCAGCAAUGGUACGCUGUACCUGAUUUUACUUGUAGUGUCAAUCAUAUCAGUAAAAUUAGUUAGAAUAAAUUGCAGAAUGACUUAUGAAUAAAUGUUUCAGGGUUUUUGAUAAGUGAAGAUGAACAGAAUGUACAAAGAAUUCAAAGAAUAAGCAAAUUUUGAGGGAUAUAUGUAUAUACUAUAUUUUGUGAAGCAUUUGUACGCAGUGAACGAGCCGGAUCCAGUGCGAUUGUGCGAUCGUGAAACAAAUCGGAGAAGGUAGUUAAAAGCCUAACAUUCAAACCAUAACUUAGCGUGUUGUACUUACGAAUUUUACAGAAAACUAGCAACAAUGUACCCCAAAACAAUCAAACUUAUAUACACAAACAAAUACAUUCUACUCACGUACUUGUGCUCGUUUUACGAAAUAUUUUACUAUAAUAAAAAAAAUU